AUGGCUGCACGCAAGGGCGAAGAACCGUCCGCAGGUCUCCUUGGUGAAGGUGGUACUUCCACAAGUGGCCAACAGACAGGCAGAUGGGGCUGGGUGUCAUUGAAGGGUUUCCAAAAACACUUUGAUGUUGACACAGAGGAUGUGUUGUCACGUAUGAAGAACACACUUGCUGGGGGAUUUUGCCGGGGCAGCUUCAUUGAAACCACCCAAGACAAAGCUGAUCUGUAUGGCCCUUUCUGGAUUGCCACAACACUGGUUUUUAUCACAGCAGUGAGCAGCAACUUCCAAUCAUACAUCAACGAAAUUGAAGAUGCAGACGAAAAGGAGAAAGAUGACAAGGGAGAUGACAAGGGACACAACAAAUGGGUCAGCGACUACAACAAGAUCCCAUAUGCAGCAUGCCUGUAUUAUGGCUAUGUAUUCUUCCUUGGUUUGGUGCUGUGGGCGACCCUGAAAUGCUUCAGCUCCAGAAUGAAGCUGACACAAAUCUGGUGCAUUUAUGGGUACUCCCUGACAGUUUUCCUGCCAGUAUCGAUCGUUCUCAUCCUCCCUUCCAACCAUGUCGUCCUCAAAAUGUUGACUGUGGUGCUGGUGGUCGCCGCGGUGCUCCUGUCUUCAAUCUUCCUAAUACGCAACUUCAGAGAGGACAUCAGCACUGCAGCACCGGGAAAGUCGCUGGUGAUCAUGACCAUCAUGGUGGCCUUCAACGUCAUUCUGGGGCUUGUCCUUCUUUUCUAUUUCCAGGACGUUGCAACCACAUGA